AUGACACACAACUCUCAAAGCAUCAUCAAGGAUCUAUCAGUGGCUUUAGUAUACUUUGCCAUGAGCGUUCUGGUCCGGGUAUGGCGGCUGGCAUGGUCGAUAGCGCUUCGAGCCGGUCUGAUAGCAAAAUGGCCAUUUUCCGUCGCAUACAGCAUAUACAUGUGGGUGUUAUCCGCCAUAAUGAUCCCGCUUUUCUAUCUUAGUGGUCUGGCUACCAUGCUAGGAGUGUUCUGCGGUGUUGCACUGGGCACAAUGGCCGUCAAGUUAGGCCUGGGGCCGGCUCCCAGGCAACUGCGAAGCCGCCGGGCCAGCAACGACUUUUACGGAAGCAGCUAUUCCAGCGGGUUCUGUACCCCCACAGACACGCCUGCUUUGUUUUACCAUGCGGCCCCGCAGGCCGACUCGGACGAUAUGGACUUCGAGGAGCCCACCGACCUCCCCGACUUCACCCAAACCCUGCCCGACCAGAUGGCCUAUCCCCUACAGCGAAGAGCACAUUGCGUGGCUGCACCUGCUGGCGGUUGUGCACUUACCUCAGCAAGUACGCUUAUUCCCUUGGGGAAAUCUCAGGAUCCAUUCGACUCUGAUUAUUUGAUCUUCUACGAAGACAGCGACGAUGGCUACGAGACACCUCGACGGGCGAGUUUCCAACCGUCCGAGCAGACAAUUGUUGAGGAGGACGAGUAG